UUAUUUGUAUACUACUAAAUUCUAUAAGUAAAAGAUCUGGCAAUUCUGCACUGUAUAAAGAUUUCUUCUUUUUCAGAACUGCUACCGCGUGGAAAAUUUCUAACGAAAGGGCUUUAAACGAAAACACUGAAUGACUAACUCAAAGGGCUAUCGUCGCGGCACUAGGGACAUGUUCUCCCGCCCGUUCCGACGCCAUGGUACUAUUCCCCUAGGUACAUAUAUGCGGGUCUUCAAAAAUGGAGAUAUUGUAGACAUAAAAGGCAACGGUGCCGUUCAAAAAGGCAUGCCAUACAAGGCUUAUCAUGGAAAGACAGGGAGAGUGUUUAAUGUAACAUCACAUGCAGUUGGCGUUAUAGUUAAUAAAAGGGUCCGUGGCAAAGUUUUGCCCAAGCGUAUUAACGUACGCAUCGAGCAUGUGCAGCACUCCAAGUGCCGCGAAGAUUUCUUGCGGAGAGUGAAAGAAAAUGAACGCCGAUUGAAAGAAGCCAAGGAAAAAGGUGUUUUCGUAAGUUUAAAACGUCAACCAGCUCAACCUAGAAAAGGUCAUUUCGUAAAAAAAUUGGAAGAACCCAUAACUUUGGCUCCUAUACCAUAUGAGUUCAUUGCUUAAAACGAAUGUGAUUUGAUAAAUUUUUUUCUUUAAUAGAAAUAAAGAGGCAAUAGGUUUGCAGAAGAAAGGUAAA